AUGAGAGCCGCGCCCCUGAGAGACGCCCCAGGUAUGAGGGCCCAUCGGACGGAGGGCUACUUGGGCGCCGCUGCGACUGCUGGCCGGGGCCAUGCGACAGCUCAGGGCAGCGGAGGAGAGCUGGCAGCGCUCACAGACACGUUUGAGCAAGUCAUAGAGGAGCUGCUGGAAGUGGAGGGCAAUGCUCAUCUGGGACAGGGCUCGGACAAGAGCCAGGGCGGAGGGGGGUCCAGUGCGGUGCUCCCAGCAGAGACCAAGGAUGUCGACUUGUACAACUCGCGGGUGAUGAUCAGCAACCAAGUGCCUUUGGAGCCACCGUUGCUCUUUCUCCUGGAGGAAUACAAAAACUAUCUGGAUGCUGCAAACAUGUCGAUGCGGGUUCGCCGACACUCGGACCCGUCGCGGCGCGGAGAGCUCAGUGUGUGUGACAGUAUUAGCCAGUGGGUGACAGCUGUGGAUAAAAAGACGGCAAUAGACAUGUCUGGGCAGACAGUUACCGUCAUGGAAAAGGUCCCUGUCACCAAUGGCCAACUGAAGCAAUACUUUUAUGAGACCAAAUGCAACCCCAUGGGGUACACGAAGGACGGCUGCAGAGGAAUAGACAAGCGGCAUUAUAAUUCCCAAUGCAGGACAACCCAGUCCUACGUGCGAGCGCUUACCAUGGAUAGCAAAAAGAAGAUCGGCUGGCGCUUUAUAAGGAUAGACACUUCAUGUGUAUGCACAUUGACCAUUAAAAGAGGGAGAUAG